AUGGCAGAUAUGUCUUCUUCAGACAGCGGCCCGGGCGUGGGUCCCGGUAACCCGCACGGGCUGCCCCCCAUGCCCGGCGCAGGCCCCUCUUCGCUCUGCGACGCUUCGCUUCUGGCUGCUUCGUCUGCUUGCCCCUCCCUCGUGAGCAACUACAUGCAGCCAUCUCAGCCUGCGCAGAUGCCAAAUGGCGGCGCCGGCGCGUCGCCUCCGCUCCCUGACUGGAUGCCGCCUGGAGGGACCGCGCCCGCAGGCUUCCCCGUGGGGAUGCCCCCCUUUGCAACUCAAGGCCCUGCGACCGGGGUCGGAGCCGGCUCGCCGACGGGGGCUUUUCUGGGCCCCUGUGUCCUUACGCAUGGGUCUCCGCCGCAGCCUGGACAGCCCGCAGCUCCGGGAGGCCUCCUAGGAGACGGCGGGAUUCCGCCGGGCUCUUCAGGGGCCCCUCCGAUGGCGGCGGCCCAGAUGGCGUCGCAGAACCCACAUCUGCUGCCCGCCUCGAUGUCGGCUCCGCAGUCUCAGAUGCAUGCGCCGCCCGCUCCGCAGUCUUCAGUCCACUCUUCCAGUUUGUCUCCGCCGUCGUCGAAUAUGUCUUCAGCCGCUGUCGGCUCGGCUGCCUUCGCGCAGCAACUGGCAGCUUUCUCAUCCUCUGUCGGGAGUAGCAGCACGAGCCACACACCCUCUCUGCCUGUCUCCUCGUCGUCUUCGCAGUUCUUGCUGCCUCAGUAUCGGCCGCCCAACCCGCCGUCUCCAUUCAGUCCCUCUGUCUCUCUGACGCCUCGAAGUGCCGGCUCCAUGCAGAAUACCCCCGGCGCUUCGGGAGCCCAGCCGCUCUUCCCUGUGGGCUCUGUCGUUCAGAACGCGAUGCCCAUGCACCCCCAAGCACCUGGGGUCGCGCCGGCUGGGAGCCCAAAUGGGCCACCUGGCCCGGGGGCGACUGGCCCCGCGCCCUUGGGGGCGGUCGCUGCGCCCGGCACCCCUGUGCCGGGAGUGGGCCCGAGCGGCGGGCCACUUGCCCCCCCAGGGGCUGGGACACCGGGCGCGAUGGGAACGCCGGUUUCAGCCCCGGGCGCCUCACAAGGAAACAUGCAGCCGAAGGCCUUCUGGGGGGCACCGUGCGCCGUUCCGGCGGUCAGCUUGCGAAACAUUGAGAUUUCAGCGACUUCGCGCAUGCACUCGAGUGUAGGUCUGUGGAGCGACGCGCGUAGGCGCCGCCCACACAAGAAGCCGCGGACUGGCGCAGAGCAAACGGGCACGCCGGCUGAGGCAGAGGCAGCGACGCCGGAGAAAGAUGCAGAGGAUGGGAAAACGGGAGGCGACAUCGUCCUCGACUGGAUAGAAAAGGAAGGUCUGGGCGGCCUUCACCGCCUUCUCGUCGAUGCCCUCCUCAUGCCGGCCCCCAAAACGACAAACGGAAGUCGCCUGGUGUCUCUGGCGGCGCGUGCGGCGCAGCUGCCGCCGGUCCCAGGCGUCGUCUACGACCCGCACCAGUACCAGUUUCUGGCGCGGUAUUUUGAGACAGAAGAGAGCGCCGUCCCCAUCACCAAGCGGUUCCCUCUGCGCCGCUGGGGAUUCUUCAAGAGCUACAGAUUCGCGUGCGACGUCGUCCAGCAGGCGGCGAGGCCGGGCGUCUUCGAGGACGGCGAGAUCGCGCCUGUCAAGGAAACGCUUCCAGGGUUUGACGGGCAGAGUCUGACUGGGCCGGAGGCGCCGCCUGAGUACUACGUGCUCCCGGACUGUCCCGACGUGAGCCUGCCGGUGAUCAAAGGGGUUUCGCGCGACAAGAAGAGUCGGCGGUGGGCGGUCUACUACAGAAACCAGCGGCGCUACUUCUACGACAGGAAGGAAGAGAAGCCGACGAAGGAGAAGAAGGAGAAAGAAGACGAAACGCCAACGGCGGCGGCGGCCUCGCUCUCGCCGCACGCGGGCGUCAAGGAGGCCUACGAGAUGGCGGUUCAGUUGCGGCGGCAACAGGUUCAGGAAGUUGAGUUGCUUCAGAUGUACGAAGAAUCCAACAGUGGCGCCAGCCAGGGCGACGACAUGACUCUUCUGCUGCCCUGCUACCAGGCCGUGCUGCUGGCGCUGCUUCACGACCUCGAAAAAAAUGUCUUGGAGGGGGGCCUCGACGAGGUGCUCGCCCGCGUCGUCGGCAUGGAGCUACCGGAGCCUGGAGCCGCGGCAGGAGCGCGGGAGACUGGCGGCGACGAGAAGACCGAAGAGGCCUCCGACUCGGGCGAAGCGAAGGACAGCGGCGCGCAGGAAGGUGAAGAGCAAGUCAAGGGAAAGGGCGAGGAGGAGGGCCAAGAAGGGCACGCCACGAAGCCCGAAGGCCCCGCGGGGGGGGGGGCAGGACAGAGGAAGGAGCCAGAGGAGCUCAAGCUGCUGCGCCAGCGCGUGGCAGAUAUCGUGGCCUCUCACCUGGUUUACAUUCAGUCGGCUGCGCUCGCGGUCGAGCUGCAUGAACACCUGGCCAUCCUCCGCGACUGCAUUCAGAAGCAAGUUCUGCCGAGUCAUCUCCCUCCCGCUGCGCGGCUGCUGCUGGUGGUGAAGUUUCUUGAGCUUCAGUUGGGCAGUCUUCGGGACGCCCUCGUGCAGAGUGGGUUCUACAGGCAGAUCCUGGUCGAUGGGACCAAGCGGCAGAAGAAGAAGUGCGACAAAGAGAAGGCCGGCGAGGGCGAGGGGGGCACAGCGACGAAAAAGUCGGAGUCCCGGCCUUGCCUUCUCCAGGGGAAGGCACAGGAGGGGGCGGCACCAUUUCGUGCGGCAGGGGGAGAGGACGCGUCUGCUCUCCCUCCUUCCGCGCCGCACACGACGUCGGGACGCGACGUCAACAUGCGGAUGACUGCACAAGAAAAAGAGCUAACGGCGCCAGCAGGAGAGCAGCGGGAGAUGCAGCUUGGUGCGUGA